AUGGAUCCAUUUCAGUUCGGAAUUCAGACUGGCGAGAUCUCUCUCCAGCAGCUUCUCACCCUACCAAAUCACGAACGGAAGGCGAUUAUCGAGCAGGGACUCUUCAUCGAUAUCUAUCUUGGCAACACUCGGGUAUACAAGCGGACGUCCAAGACCCUACUCUUCGCCUUCUGCUCCGACAUUGGACGAUUUUUAGAGCCGCUGUCGGAUCGGUUCAUCGUUCGAUUACCGCACGGGCUUAGCAAUAGCCUUACGGUGAAGCUGGCAGUGCUGUACAUGGAGCAAUAUUUGCUCAAUCACAAAGUCCGGAGCGCGCCGUGGAAGAUCAGACGUGAUAUCGCUCCAUACGUCUGUCUUGCGGAGCUUUUUGCAUUCAUCGGUAUGGCGGAAGCAUCUCGAAAACUCGAGACUGCGAUACUUCGGCGUUUUCGCGAGGUCCCGCUUCGAAUCGAACAGAUACGUGCUAUCUGGGGUCGCGAGGAUGGUCUGCAUCCGUCAAGGUACGCCAAGAUCAUGGCUGACAAUGUCUUCACCUUCCUCUGUGUUCCCAAGAUGGAGUUCUUUGCCAAGGAGCACGACAUCGAACCGGCAGAAUCGUACGAGAAGGAGGUAAAGCGAAAGCUAGAAUGUCUGGCAAAGACUUACCCGCAGUCCACGAGGCGCGCGAUCGAUUCCGCGUGGCGCGAUACAAGCCUUCUUGAGCGUGUGUUAGAUGCUCCAGCCAACGUGUUGUUGAAGCAGUUGGUGUGGACAGCCAACACCUUGUCGACAGCAACGCCUCGGGACCCCGCAGAAUGGAUCGAGAUUGCAGUCAUGAUGGGGAGGGUAGCAUCGCAUCCCCACCCCACAACGAUCAGAAAGAUUGUGUUAAGAGAAAGGACUGACUUGGAAAGUGACGAGGAGACUGAGCUAGGCACGUGGGGAUUAAUGGGGUAUGGAGAAAAAAGGAAAGGAAGAGUGGGAUGCUGA